CAGUAGCAAUAACCAUAGCAACAGCAACAACAAUGCCAGCAGCUGCAGCAGUAAGAAGCAGCGCAGCGAUAAGCUGCAUCAGUUUACGGAUAUGCUGCUCGAACGUAACCUAAGUAGCAGCUCGUCAACGGCAGCCACCUAUCACGCUAAUACCAAUGAUAGCAACAACAACAACAACGGGCGCAGCAGCAGCAGUAGUAGCGGUGUGCGCGGUGGUGGAAAGCGAUCGCUCGACAUGACUACCUCCAUGCUGAUGCAGCAGCAGCGUCAGGCUCAGCUUGUCGAUCAACAGCAGAGCAAUAACAAUAUCCACCAGCACCACCAUGUUGGUAGAGAUGGUGAUGUCAGUGAGCAGCAACCAACACUACCGCCACCGGCGGCACCACUUGCCGAUGAGGCUGAUCACCAGCAGCAGCAGCAGCAGCAGCAGCAUCCCGCCCAAAGCCAAUGGCGGCGCAAGUGCCCGAUUUGCCACGAGCUGUUACCGAGCAGCCACGAUCUGACCGAGCACGUGCGUUCGCAUCACGCCGCGGAACAGCAGCUACAGCAGCAGCAACAGCAGGCCUCUGCGGGACGGGAGUCAGGGUCGCAGGGUGCACCAGGGGCCGGUACCUUUAUCUGCAAAAUUUGCUCCAAGGUGCUGUCAUCCGCUUCGUCGCUCGAUCGCCACGUCCUGGUGCACACCGGCGAGCGCCCGUUCCACUGUAAGCACUGUGCGCUCACCUUCACCACGAACGGGAACAUGCAUCGGCAUAUGCGCCUGCACAAGAACUCGCCGGGGCGCGACAGUGUGGAGAGUAGCAGCGAUGGUGGUGUUGCCGGUGCUGGUGCCGGUACUGCUGCUGCCGAAGGUGUACUGGUGCCGUCCUCCGAUGGUAUUACCACCACCGGUGGUAAGGUUCGCCGACGGAAGCGUGCCGAACCGCAGCAACAACAGGAGCAGCAGCAGCAGCAGCAGUCGUUGGUGGCCGUGGCAGCUACAGCAGCAACGCACCACCACCGGUCCCGAUUCACGAUCGAGCACGAGGAGGAACAGGAAGCGAAGGUAGAAAAGCAAUUAAAGGCGGAGAUGAAGCCCCAGCAGCAGCAGCAAUUGGAGAGCGGUGAUGACGAAGAGGAGGAUCAACAGCCGCCAGGAUGCGGUGGUGAACGUCGUCGUCGUCGCCAUCGCCGCCGUCGGCACAUUCUCCAUUGUGAGGACGAAAAGCAGGAGCCAAAAACCGAGGGGCAACAUGAGGAAGAGGAGGAGCAAGAAGAAGAAGGGGAGCUCGAGGAUGGCGACGACGAGCUGGUGGUGGGUGGGAAGCGAAGGGCAACACCAUCGGUGGUUGGCGGUGCUGCUGCUAAACACCAUCGCAAGGUGCGCACGAUCAACAACAACCUGCUGGAGGGUUCGGUGGUCGAGAGUGGCGACGGUGGCGGUGGCGGUGAUGGUGGUCAGCGCUUCUGCUGUCCCGUGUGCGUGCGCAACGACUUCGGCACCAUGCUGAUGCUGGAGAACCACCUGGACCGGGAGCAUCCGUCGAUACCGGCCAAGUGCCGCCACUGCGAGACGGUGUUCCGCAGCCACAAGGCGCUGAAUGCGCACCGGUGCAGCAACAACAACUACCAGAACAUUACGCCCGGCUUCAAGGAUCUUACCUUCGUUGACUUUUCGAGCGAAAAGUUUCCGCUGAUUGCGAAAAAUCUGUGCGAACAGAGCAUCCGGACGCCGGUGACGAGCCAGAAGUACGAGUGCGGUCGCUGCUACCGGGCCUUCCCGUGCUCGCAAACGCUGACGAUGCACGCGGCCGAGUGUGGCGUCGGUGGGGGCAAGAAGCGUAAGCGCGCCCCGAGCGACUCGGAUACGUCCGAUGUGCCGUCCGAGGCCGCCUCUUCCUCGGACAGCAGUGGACGGGACGAUCCAUCGCACCAUCAGCAAUGGCAGCAACAGCAGCAGCAGCACCAGCAGCACCAGCAACAGCAACAGCUGCUUUUGCAUCAUCAUCAUCAGCAGCAGCAGCGUCGUGAGGAUUUCUUUGCCAAUCUGGAUCUGCAGAACCGCUCGAUGGGUGGACUGUCGGAGGCACCAACCACACCAUCCUCGCUCGACAAGUCGUUCUCCUCGCCGCUGGUGAAGCUAGAACCGCUUGAUUCACCUACCGGCGGCGGUGCAUCGACGAUGCCGCUGUACUAUCACCACCACUCGAGCCCAGUGGCCGGUACGGCUCUGUUCCAGCAUCACCAUCUUAGUGGUGGUAGUAGCAGCAGUCUGCUGCACAGCCAGCAGCAGCAGCAGCAGCAGCUUCAUCAGGAUGGUGGCAAGGAUCUGGCCGACAUACAGAGCAUUAUCAAUGUCGCUUCGUCGGGCGGGUUGUUCGGGAGGCAGCAGCUGGACGGUGUGGGAGAUAGCAGCCGCCACACGCCCCUAUCGGGGCUCGGGCUCUCGGGUGAAGGCAGCGGCAAGGACUGUGGCGGUAGCGGUAGCAGCGUGUACGCCCAUUCGACCGGUUCGCGCGGUGAUGACGGUGAGGAGGCACAGGAUGCGUUUACGGCCGAGUUCAGGCGCAUGAAGCUACGGGGCCAGUUCCCGUGCCGGAUCUGUACGGCCGUUUUCCCCAACCUGAGGGCGCUCAAGGGCCACAACCGGUCGCACGUGACGGCGGCCGGCCCGGGACCGUACCAGUGCAACAUGUGCCCGUACGUCAUCAACGAUAAGGCCACCCUGAUCCGCCAUAUGCGCACCCACAACGGGGAUCGGCCGUACGAGUGUGCCCUGUGCAAUUACGCCUUCACGACGAAGGCCAACUGCGAGCGGCAUCUGCGGAACCGGCACGGGCGGACGACGCGCGACGACGUGAAGCGGGCCAUCAUCUACCACCCAUCGGAGGACUCGUCGUGUGAGGAUCCGCUGAAGAAGCUGCAUCUGUUCAAUACGCCGCCCGCCGACUAUGAGCCGUCGAUGGGUGCUGCUGCCGCUCAGCAGCGCCAUCAUCAUCACCAUCACGGUCUGCUCACUGGCUACGAUGAGCAGCAGCAGCAGCAACAGCGCAGCAGUACACCGCUAUCAUCGACGUCGUCGCACCUGAAGGAUAUGCUGGUGCCACCGGUGCUACCGUUGGGGGGCUACGUUGCUGGCGCCGGCCCCACUACCAACCCACUCCUCGACACCAGCCUGCUGCUGCAGACACCUCCUAGCGGUGGUGGUGGUGGUGAUGGUAACAAUGCUGCCGCGGCUUUUGGAGCAGCCGCGGCCGUCGCGGCAAAGAUUCAGGUGAAGAGCCUGGAGAAGCUGAACCAACUGACGCCACCGCAGGAGGAGGAGCUGCUAGAGGAGAGCUACGAACCGCUCCUUGAUUCGGCCACGGUGCUACACCAGCAUCUCGUUGGUUCGACGAAGAGCGGCGUGCAGACACCACCGGCACUACUACACCGUAAGCAGCAGCAGCAGCAGCCGACGACGACGACAACAGUAGCAGCAUCAGCGGUGGCGUUGCCGACUCAGCGUCCCAUCGAUCUGAGCAUGGAUGCACUUGAUUUGAGCAAGAAACCGUCCAGCAAGCUGGCUACCGCCGCCGCUACCACCGAUGAAGACGAUGACAACGAGGACGACGAAUGUGGUGACGAAGAGGAGGUGGACGAUGAGCACGACGAACACUACGAGAAGGGACCGGCUGAUGGUCGGCUUAACGGGGAUCGAAAGUGUAAUGGGGAAGGCACCGCCUCCGGGGUCGUCGGUUCUAACGCUGAACGGCGGCACCGUCGCCGUCGCCGCAUAGGAACGGAUUUAGAGGAGAUAGAUAACGAGGACCUCAUCGAAGAGGACGAAGAGGAACACGUUGAGGAGGAAGAGGAAGAGUACGACGACGAGGAGGAGGUUGGUACGGUGGUGGAAGGCAAGCAGAGAUCGGGAGCUGCUGCUGCUGUUGCGGCUGCUGACUUUAUCAAGCACACAAAGCUGUCGCAACCGCAGCAACAGCACCAUCAUCACCAUCAACAGCUUCAGCAACAGCAACAAACGCAGUUGCAGCAGCAACAACAGCAACUGCUGAUGAGCGAGGCCUUCUCGAAGUUCGACUUUUUGCAGCUGUAUCAGCUCUGCACCCAGCUCAACUCGCUGCAGCUACCGUCAUUUCCGUCACCGCUGCACACGGCCGCAGCUCCUUUCCUUCAGAAUCCGAUGCUGGCGGCUGCAGCCGCUGGACCACUGGGCGAUCUGUUCGGGAAGGACUUCGGUCUCGGUGCGCUGCCAAAUCUAGCGGCUGCGGCGGCUGCUGCAGCAGCGGCCGCUGCCGCCUCUACCGGUCGUACUGGUGCACACUCUUCGCGUGGUGGUACUCCCAAUGCCAACCCCUACUCCUCACUGCUAUCCAUGAGCAACCCCUUUCACUCGGCGGCCGAAGCUGCUUCGGUGAAAGCAGCCGCGGCUGGUGGUGCGUCCUCGACGCCACCCAAUCUAAUCGUUCCACCAACCAGCUCCUCCUCAUCAUCAUCAACGUCACUGCAGCACCGCCAGUCAUCGCCGAUUUCAUCGUUAGCAUCGCCCGGCAAAACCGCCGCCGGCACACAUCAGCAGCAGCAGCAGCAACAGCAGCAACAUUCGUCACAUCAUCAUCAUCAUCAUCAUCACCAUCCGCAGGCGGCGGCGGCUGCAGCGGCCGCAGCGGCAGCAGCUGCUGCUGCCGCCGCUGCCGGCUACGGCGUCCCACCGUCGGCUGGCUCUGCCGGUGGUGCCGGUGGCCCCGUCAAGAUGGUCAUCAAGAACGGUGUGCUGAUGCCGAAGCAGAAACAGCGGCGCUACCGUACCGAACGGCCGUUUGCCUGUGAGCACUGCUCGGCUCGCUUCACGCUUCGCUCGAACAUGGAGCGCCACAUCAAGCAGCAGCAUCCGCAGUUCUGGUCACAGCGGCAGCGCGGUGGUGGCCAUCAUCUGAUGCGUCGUGGCAGUGGGGGAGCCUCUGGUGCUGCUGCUGCAGCAGCAGCAGCAGCAGCGGCGGCCGCCGCCGCUGGCUCGCUAGCAGCCGCCCUGCAAGGUGGCGUAUUCGGUGGCCCGACGACAGCAGGAGGAGGAGGAGCAUCCAGUGGUAGCGGCAACAGCGGCAGCGCUGGUGCCAUCUCGGAGCAAGUCAAGUACGCAAUUUUGGCGCAGCAAUCGGGCAAGGGAGGUGGUGCGCUCGGGCUGCAUCCGCUACUCCAGAAUAUGAUCACGCAGCAGCAGCAGCAGCAGCAGGGCGCUAGCAGCGGUCAGGGUGCCACGUCGGACGGAAACACCUCGUCAGGCCAUUGGAAUGCCACGAAUGGUGGAACGGUUGGCGGUGGUAUCCUGCAACAGCAGCAGGAGCAGCAGGCGACGGCGGCGGCCGCGGCUCAGCAUCAUCUUUCGCAGGCGGUGACACCGAUGCACCAUCACCGUUCCAGUCUGGCGGCGCUCGGUGACCGUCGCAGCUACCAGGACAAGACACCGGUCCUGCAGCAGCAUCACAACCCCCACCACAACCAUCACCGUCAGCAUCGCCAUCGUCGCCGUUGUCUGCAGCCCGAGCUCGAUGAGCUCGAUGAGGAACUGCAGCAACACCACCAUCACCAGCAGCAGCAGCAGCAACCACUGGAACACGAUCGCCAUGACAGUGCCGCCGUUUCACCUUUUCCACCUGUUGACCGAUCGAAGCACACAACACAAGCAGUCGACGAUCGACGGGAGCAGGACGAAGAGGCAGAGGAUGAUUCCACACAGCAGCUCGUCAUCGAUGAGGAAGAGGAGGUGGAAGAGCAAGAGGAAGAAGAGGAGGAGGAGGAGGGUGGAGGUGCCGAGUCGAAAUCCGACUCCUCGGACCAAGGCGUGCACCACCACCAGCGAGCCAAAAACAACGGCAACAGCUUUGGUAGCAGCGAACACAAUGGCGGCGGCGGCGGCGGCACUGCCAGUGCUGUUGUGGCCAGCACUACGAACCGCAUACUGAAGCAGAAGCUGGAACAAGGUCUUAAUCUGGUACCAAGUGCGUCCGAGCAGCAGCAGCAGCGCACGAAUCACCAACAGCAACAACAGCAGGUUGCUGCUCAAGCCGUGGCCAAAGAUAUCCUCGAGCAGGCGAAGCAACAACAGCAGCAGGAGCAGCAACACCAGCAGCAGAAACAAUCAUCACCACAACAAACCAGCACUAUCGAUGAGGCCAUCGGCAACAGUGACCUGGUGCCGGUUGCCAAACUACUCGAUAAUGCCGCCACCCACAACAAUGCGGCGCUGGAAAGUUACUUCAGACCGGAAGUGGUGCCACUGGCACACGAUCACAGCGACGAGGAGGGCCUGGUGGCGUCCGGGUCCGCGUCCGAGAGUAACAACUCCGGCACGGACGAUCCCUACCCGUCGGCGGUGGCGCUGCUGCAGCAGCAGAAGAAGAAAUCGGCCUACAGCCUGGCACCGAACCGGGUCAGCUGCCCGUACUGUCAGCGCAUGUUCCCGUGGUCGAGCUCGCUGCGGCGUCACAUCCUCACGCACACCGGCCAGAAACCGUUCAAGUGCUCCCAGUGCACGCUACUGUUCACCACCAAAUCGAACUGCGAUCGGCAUCUGCUGCGCAAGCACGGUGACGUCGAGUCGGCCGUUUCGAUACCGGUGCCGAUUGACGAUCUGCUCGACCCGAAACCGGAACCGAUCCCGGUCGCCGUAGCCGAGGCGAUGAACAAACGGUCCGGCAGCAACAGCAAGGCAAAGGCCGCUUCAGGCUCCUCCUCAUCGGCGAGUUCUACUACCACCGGGGGACCGGCAGCAGGGCCAACGAUGGUGCCCAACGAGGCAGAACCCCUGGACGGUCUAUCGGUAGCAGCCCUAGCCGAACAGAGCCGAGAUGAAGAGGACAACGAAGAGGAGGACGAUACGGUUGGCCAUGAAGCGUUGGAGGGAGGAGCCGCCAACAAGUCUGCUCCGGUAACCACCAACGGUAGUGCCUCGAGUGAUGCUGAAUCGAAAGGUCACGAUGGUCUCAACCUCCGUGGUAACGAGGAUGACGAGGAAGAUGAAGAGGGUGAGGAGGAGGAGGAGCAGCAGGAGCAGCAGGAAGAAGGGCAGAUCCAUGACGAUCAUGAGGGCGGCGAAGAUGAUGAGAUGGAGGAAGAGGAAGCAGCCGUUGGUGCCGGUGCCGGUGGCGGUCUGGCGGAUCUACCCUUCAAAUGUCAUCUGUGUGACUGCUCGACAGCGAACCGGGUCGCCUGUCUCGAUCACAUGCGCCAGUGUCAUCCACAGGACUUCGAAGCGCUUCGAUCGAAGGUGGCACUGGACGCGGUGGUAGCUGCUGCUGGCGGUAGUGGCAGUGGCAGUGGCGGUGACAGUGACGGCGGCCAAACAGCAACCACCAACUCGCCCGAUGAUGACGAGAGCGGCAACAAUGAUACCACCUCGGCCACCUGCACGACGGCAGCCAGUCCCAGGCUUCUUAACAACAACAACAAUAAUAAUAACAAUAAUCUCAACAACAACAACAACAACAACGGUGGCAAGUAUCCCGACUAUGCCAACAGGAAGGUUAUCUGCGCCUUCUGUAUGCGUCGCUUCUGGUCGGCGGAAGACCUGAGACGCCAUAUGCGGACGCACUCCGGUGAGCGACCGUUCCAGUGUGACGUCUGCAGCCGUCGCUUCACCCUCAAGCACAGCAUGCUGCGCCACCGUAAGAAGCAUGCUACCAGCAACGGUUGCGGCAACGGCGAGGGCGUUCCUCACCCUGACCGCCAUUCGUCCCGACGAUCUUCCAACGGCUUCUACCACCACCACCACCACGACGAUGAUGACGACGACGAAGACGACGAAGACGAUCCCAGUGGUCGGUCCGAUCUCAGCGACGAAGAUUACUCCUCUUCCUCCGCCUCGGCCUCACCCAGGCACCAGCAGCAGCAGCAGCAGCACCACCAUCAUCUCCCGGCCAGUCCGUCCGCUGCGGCGCUCCCAACGGCAGGCCGUCUCGUCAGGAAGCAAAGGACGCAGCCUCAGCAGCAGCAGCAGCAGCAGCAGCAGCAGUACAGCAACUCGGAACUGAUUGGCAACCUACUGGGCAUCAGCGACCAGGGCAUCCUUAGCCGGGUACUGCUGUCAUCCGCGUCCGAAGCGGCCAAACUGCUAGGCGUACACAAGUAGUAGUACUUGGUUGUACAGGAACUAAUUAGUUGCUACACACACAGCUCAAACGCCUCCCGUGUGUCCUUGUGUGUCCUUGUGUGUUAAGUGAGUAAGAGUGAGUUAGUUGUAUGCAGUUGUUCUCAACAUUCCAGUCCUACUUGUGUUGUGGUAUGCGAAGGAAGGCCCAUUACGGCUCCUUCCAUUGAUCCGUUUCCGAAAAAGGGUUCAUCUCCUUCUUCUUAGCGUGUUUUAGUGUAAAGUUCACGUCCGCGAGCGCCGCCCCUCCCAAAGCAUAAUCAAAACUACUUCGUAAUUCAUCAUAGUUUCCUUGGUAGUUAAGCGUUAGCGUGUAAGCCGUAACCGUAAUUUAAGCGCCUUAAAAUAAUGCCCCCCCUCCCUUGUACACCUAGAGUGCCUCACUUUGAUUCGAUUCGCGAGAGUACUACAAGCACUACGCGCCAGCUGCAGGUAUUCGACCCCCCGCCUCCCCUUCCUCCCUCACCAUCUUUCUCUUAAUGAUGUAGAUUUACGUGCCGUUUAUUGCGCUCUUUAGUAUCUUAGUAGCAGGAUUUCAUUUCGGGCUUGCGGAAAUAGCAAUAGCCAGCCAACGGUGGUCCAACGAAACAACAGAACAAAGGAUGAAUUAUGAAAUAACGUGAAAGACAGUAGCCAUAACAGAGACAAAGUGAAAAGGGAAGAGAGAGAGAAAGAAAGAGUAGGUUGUGCCUGUAUGAUGAUGAUGAUGGAUGAUACUUGCUGACUUGCUUUAUGAUCGUGUGUGUACAUAAAAUAUGACGUUAACUUUUAUGCCGAACUACGAUCCAGAAGACUGUUUAUGGGGGGCGCUGGUGGUUGUUCGAAGAGGACGAGCGGUACCCAGAGGUACCCAUAACCGAGAGAGUAGCUCAUUAAUUAGUGUAGAUGCAAAUUGCUGUUUUACGUCUGUGUUUUCUUUUGUUGGUGUUUUGUUAGUAAACGAAAAAAAACCAUUAUUUAUUGGGAUUUUCCUGGUUUGCUCGUAGCUUGGUCCAUAGGUCUAAGAGACGAUUCAUCGGAGGAGGGGAGAAGAGAAGAAGGGAAGAGGAGAAGAGGAGAAGCAGAGUGCGUGAAAAAACGAAACGAUGUGCCUAGAAGAUUUUAUUUUGAUUUUAAAUUAUCGUAAAUUGCAUCCCCCCCUUCCGCGCCCCUUCUCCCUAUCUCCUCUGGCGGAAGCAUACAUUUAUCUCGCUGAGCACGCUUGAUUGUAGCAUCGAUUUGAGUUGGUUCUAGGGUUAGAUCGGCAGAAGCCAAAAUUAGUAGAUUUUGCGUAUGUUUUUUUAUAGUGCCUAGUACUGCUAUUUCAGAUUAAGCUUAACGGAGUUUUAUUGUUUUAACUUAUCGUUUCGGUAGUUUCAUUAGUAGAGUGUGUGUGCUGAUGAUGGUAGGUGCGGAGUUUAGUUUUCUUUUACGAACAAAAAAACAAAAAAUAGGGAGCCAAACACAUGAUCGAUACAAACACCCCUACAAUGCGAUCCGCGUACAGUACAGUACAGAUACAGACAGAGGCGAACAUAGAAUAGAAAAGGGAUUGAGUCCAAUGUUUUGUGUGCAUAAUUUUUCUCAGAUUUUUGUUUUUGUUUUUUUUUUAAACAAAACACAGCUCUAAAGUACAGCAAUCGACCAAAGUUUAUUUUUGUUUUAAACACGCGACAUAUAUAAUAAUGAACUCAUCAUAUCCUCUGCGCACCAGCCGGGCAAAGGCAAACCAGCAAAGCCAGCCAGCCAGCCAGUCGUCCGAGGCAUCCGAUGCCGGCCACCGACCAGACCGU